GCAGCAGAACAGCCGUCUCCCCGAACACAUGUUAAACGUCCCGCAAACCCCGAGGAGGAGGGACGCAGUCAGAAACACAGUGACAGACAGAGAGAAAGAGAUAGAAGCAGAGGCAGACUGAGGAGGAGAGAGAGAUAUUCGGAGGAGAGAUAAAGCCAGGAGGCGGGUUGGGCUUGGGGGGGGAGGCACACACAGCGCUGUGUGUGUGAAGAGGAGCCUCAGAGCCUGUGCGUGUGUUAGUUAGAGAAAGCAUAGCGCAGAGGGAGAGCGUAUGCAGCGUGAAGGAGGAGAAGAGCAGCGUCGGGAGAGUCAACGCAUGUUGCCAGAUUGAGAGAGACAGAAGCAACGAGGACUAGGAAGAGGAGAGGGAAGCAAGGAUUUCAAGUGCUUGAGGGAACGUAGAAAAGAGGAGAGAGAAGGGGAGGAGAGGCAGUUUGGUCUCAGUCAAGUAGAGAGGCAGACAGGGAGCAGUGUAGAGCCGGCAGUACUGCAUUGUGGAUGUAAACUUUAUCAUCUGCGGGAUCAGUGGGUAGCAGCUGCAGAGCAGGAGGAGAGCGUGCCAGUGGAUUACCAUGUGUGUCCUCUGAAUGCACCAGGAUGCUGCACCUCCACCAGGGGAAAAGCUGGCCGUGGCUCGCCUGCAGAGGGAAGUCGCACGGAGCAAGAGCGAAGGAACAAUGCGAGAAAAGCUGAUCCACGAGCUAGAGGAAGAGCGACGCCUGCGACUGGAGAGUGAGAAGCGUCUCCGGGAAGUGACGGAGGAGUCAGAGCUGGGACGGGCGCAGAUGGUUUCACUGCAGCAGCAAUUCACCAGGAUGGAAGAGACGGUGCGGUCGCUGCUGCAGAAUCAGGGCGUUGUGGAGCAGACUGCUGUGGACACAGUGGACAUCAUGAAGGCCUACAAGGAUAAACUCUCAGAGGAAGUGCAGAAACAGCAUGAUGGCCCCGAAGAGAAUGGCUCCCUGCCGCAAACGGAGCCAGACCCAGGGCUUGAUCCUGAUGCCAGCCAAGCAGAAGAGGACAAAGACAAAACCAAACUCCUUCUGGAUCGCCUCAAGGCCCUGGAGGAGAAGAAUUCUGCUUUGGCCUUGGAGAAUGAGAGCCAGAGGGAACAGUAUGAACGCUGUCUAGAUGAGGUUGCCAAUCAAGUUGUGCAGGCGCUUCUCACCCAGAAGGAUCUGAGAGAGGAAUGCAUGAAGCUGCGAACUCGAGUUUUUGACCUCGAGCAGCAGAAUCGGGCGCUGGGUAUUCUGUUCCAGCAACGGAUCAAGCCUGCCUCGGACCUGCUUCUCCAGAAACUCCACUCUCGGAUCAUGGAUCUAUCUGCGGCAGAUUUACUUCUGGAGCCAGAGAGAAGCAAGGCCUUCUUGCUUUCCAGGAAUACAGACUCUCCCUCCAGUGAGGUUCAGUUGAAUGGAAAGGCAGGUCUCCCUGUGGCCAAGUGUCUGAGCCAGCUGAGUCUGACAGUGCCGGCGCCUGUAUACCCACGCAGCAGCUGUAGCAGUAGUGAGUUGUCCCUGUCAAGUGCGUGUAGUGAAUUCUCCAGCGGCUCCUACACCUGGAAUGAUGGACGCUCCUGUGGGAAAAUGACAUCUCUGACUUGGGAGAAGAGGUUGAGUUUGGGUUCAUCAGCCCCAAGUAAUAUCUGUGCCGCCCUUGAGGAGCAGCUGCCCACAAGGCGCAAGGAGAGCAAUAUACUCGAGGGACUGAGAAAGCUCCAGAGGAGGAAACACAGGAGCUCCUCUGCUUCAUCCAAGGUCUCAAAGUCAGACUGUAUGAACUCCAACGAGGGCAUCUAUUCUCUGGGUAUCAAGAGUGGCAGUAAAGGGGUGUCCAAGCCUACCCACGUGGGUAGAACUUCAGCUGCUGGGGGCAAAAAGUUCUCUUAUGAUUCUGAUGAUGCUGAUGAUGAAUUGGCACAUUCCAGUCGAGGAGAUAACAUCCCCACUAAGGACAGCUGGUUUUACUGUAAGAGGCUCUCCCGCAGCAUCUCAGACAGUUUGUGCAGCUGGGAAGGGAUACAGGACAGUGGAGGUGGAGGUGACGGUAGCUCAGGUAACAUGGCUACGAAACACCCUUCUGGGUGUGACUCAAAAGAGCGUCCUGACAAACUCAUGAGUUUCAUAGACAGUUUUCUCCCUGAGGGCGGGCGGAUAUCAGCUUUUACUAAACCAUCCUUGCUGCACUUCAACCCCGCUGACCCAGAGGGUCCUAAUCACCUCUCUGACGUGGAUGAUCCAGAGGACCUCAACUCUGAGUCUAAUGACAUCCGAAUGUCCUUUAGCCAGCAACUGGAGCAGGCGGAGAGGGACUCCAAGAGAGUGUCAAGAGAUGCUGCCAAGCUGCUCACACAACAGUGCUUGCGAAGAGAGCAGGGACGCACCCAGUCUGCAGAUGGGAGGCCCAGGCCUUUCAGCUUAAUUAAGGAGCCCAAAGGGGCCAAGUGUACUCAGUCUGAGGAGAGCAUACUGGCAAUAUUUGAUGCAGAAGGAGAGCCUAUUGAACUUUGUGCUCAUAAGCUCACAACAGGUGUUGGGCUUCGAAAUGACAUUCAAAAUAGCAAGGUAGUUGCUGAUUACACAGAGCUAGCGCCCCAAGAGAGGCCAACAAGGCAAAAAUCAGCAAAUACAAGAAACUACACUGUUCUUGAGUCUCCAGAGAAACCAUCUGAAUGUCAAAUUAGGUCUAGUAAAACAAGCAAUAGCAGGGAGGGCAGUACAGAGAGGGUGUCAAUGCAGCUGACUCCACAAAGGAAACUUAUCAAACCACCAAGCAGCCGACCUAAUAAAGGCCAUUCCAUCCCUCCCAUGAGCGAUUCUACUGCUCCCAAGUCCAGUGGUUCAAAGAUACCCGGUCGUAACAAACCUUCAGGGUCCCCACUGAGAGUGUCAAAGGGCUCUUCCACUGAACCAAGUAACAGUGGAAACUCAGGACUCUCUAGUCAGGAGAAAUCCCCCUCCUCUCCUGCAGUUAAAAUGUCCAGGUUCAUAAAGACUUCAGGAACCUGUUCACAGAGCCCAAAGGCGGUGAACUCCAAGCUCCCCAGCAGGGCCGAGUGUAGUAAGGGUUCCUCCUCCAGUUCCCCACACCUCUCAAGGAGGCACCUGGAGUAUGCUGACAAUGGUGAACAGCCCACCAGAGACAAACACUGUGAAACCAGCAAAAAUAAACUCAGGUCCCCGUCUCCUCCCCCUCCCCCGGGCCGCACCACCUCCUUACUAAUCAGACCAAAUUACGAAGGGUCGCCUCAAGCACAUAAAACAUGGGUGGCUCAAACAUCCACAUCAACCACUGUGAGGGGCCCUCCCCCAAGUUACCACACCUCACUUGUACCAAAUAUGCAAACAACGCUACCCAUCAAGGAUAAAGACUGUUUAGACUUGGAUGCAGGCUACGGGACUGCACUUGCACCUCAGAAACUGGUCGAGAAAACCAGUCAGCACCUUCAAAAGUCCCCCGCCAUGACUCAGACACCUACAAAAGGCACUUCCAAGAGGAUGACCACAAAAGACUACCUCCCUUCUGCAAACUCAGGGUGUGCUCCAGAAACUGAACAUGUACCUAAAAGCUCAAAGAAUGUCCCUCCUCCCUACAGUGCCCUCAGAGGGUCCUCGCUUCAGAACUCAUUUGCAAGUAAAAGAGGAUCAACCCAUGAAAAUGUCUAUCAGACAGUGCAGAAGACAUCUAUUAGUUUACCUUUAUCGCUUCAGGAUGCCCCUGAAGGUAAAGCAGAGCCACAAAAAGCUGUUGUCAGCCCACCAAGCUCAGUUAUUACUUCCCCGAACACUGCAGAUAAAGCCUCAAAGACUCGCAUCCCAAUGGGGUUUAAAGCUUUUUUAAAAUCUCCCCCAAGCCAUAAAAAUAGUCCCUCUAUACCAGGCAAGCAAGAGAAAGAUCAUAUCAACUCAGUCUCCAAGGAAACUGUGACCUCAAAUGCUUCUACCCAGUGUGACAGCUUGCAGCCAGCAUUCGGUAUUGAUUCGCCAUCCAAGAUGUCAGAGGGGAAAGGUGACGUCCAGUGUAGGUUACUGGAAGAAGAAGAAGUACAAGCUACAGAGGAAGGGGAGGUUUGCGAUAAAGGGAAAAGGAGUAGUCAGCUUUUCUCUAGAUCCAUAUCUGUUUCCACCAAACCUCAUCUAAAGCCGGCUCUGGGGAUGAAUGGGGCUAAAGCUCGUAGCCAGAGUUUCAGCACCAACUACAUUGAAAAACCCAACAUCAAUGCACUAGAUGGGCUGGGAAAAAUCCGAACACAGAUCAUCACCAACUCAGGUGAAAGGGGGAACUCUUUGUCAAGACAGAGUUCGUUGGAGGUACCAAGUGUUGGGUUAACAGACAGCCCUCUCCAUUCCCCCAGGACUCGGCUUAGCCACUAUGGAGGCAUGACAGGAUCAAAUAGUCACAACAUCCUCCCUGAGGGAACUUCCAAAUCAGGCUCCAAAGGUGAAGGGUCACAGGGCACAGCGAAGGGAGAGGCAAUCACUUCGCCUUCUCAAAAAGAGGCACGUAGCUUACCCAUAAGCGAUCGAAUUGGUAUGAACAACAUCCGUAAGCCAGCAAAAGUUGCCUCUCAUCCUCAGUUUCAACCUCCCUCCUCUUGUGUGUAUAGCUCAGAAAACCCGGUGCAAGAGACCCCUAAUGAGCCGGACUUUAGGAGGGAAGUCAAAACCCAGACAGACUCUCCAGAUACAGAGGAUAAAAAAAACAGCCCAACAGUCUGCACCAUUGAGGAGAAAGUCAUGAUGGGAAUCGAAGAGAAUCUGCAGAAAUGUCAAGAACAGGAGAAGGUCGCUGCCAGCGAGGCCAAACAGAAGACAGGCCCCUCUCUGGCAAACUGGUUCGGCCUCCGUAAGAGCAAGCUCCCAGCUCUUAGUGGUAAGAAAGCAGACUCCCCCAAGGGGAAAGAGGAGAAGAAAGAGCUGAAGAUUGGAUCAGUGCUUGGAGGCAAACAGAUGAAGUCUGACAAGAAGAAGGAUAAGAAGAAAAAUGAUAACCAGCAGAGAGACAGUCAGGAGGUGCAGAAUCUGUCUGAGAUGAACAACAAGCUGAGCUCCAUCAUGGACCACUGCAACAACCAGAUGGGCCAGAUUGCCAGCCAGAUCCAGUGUACAACUGCCUUUAUCGGCAAAGACCAGUUUGUGAAAGAGCUUCUUGGCAGGACUGCUGUGAAGGGCAACUGUGUGGCUGCGUCGCCGCCUGGGAUCUCCACGCCCAAGAAACACAGCGAAAUGAAGGGAGAUAUGGAGAUCUGUCCAGAUACUGCUACCCUUAUAAUGACUCAGAAGAUCAACCUGAGGGCUGAAAAUGAGGAGGGAUGCAUUCCAGACACAGCUUGUCAAGACCACAUGAUAGGCUCCGGCUGUCAGAUGAGAACCCUGGACAGCGGGAUCGGCACCUUCCCUCUCCCCGAUUCCGUCACCCGGGCCAGCGGUCGCCACAUCCCCAAAUCUGAAUCCAGCCCAGGUGGGGUGACCGCCGGCUCCUCUGACCUCAAUCGGGAGCCUCCCUCUUCUCACCCAGACCCCUCUCAACCUGAUGUGAAAGUGCCUUCCCUCCCAAAAUCCUGCCCGCAUGCCCCGACUGGCAUGGGUCACUCCCUGUCCGACCCCAGUGUGUCCUCCAGCAACAACGACACCCAGAGCCGCCUGCCCAAAUUAGCAACCUCAGAUGCAAUCAGGACAAAGAGGUUGAGUCUUUGUGCUCCACACAGCAACAUCUCCACAGAGGAUAAAGACAAGGAAACAGAGAGGAGGAUGAAAUCCCAGGAGCAUGAUAUGCCCGGUGAGAGAGCCCUGCAAGUGUGUACGUACCCGGGGAGCAGCAGUGACACCGAGACUGAACCAGAGGGAACCGGAAGCUCGCCACAAAGGACCCUGAUCAACAGAUCUAAGAAGAGUGACUCAGUCAACCAGAACGAGGAGACCCUGAAGAGAAGCAGUGUGGAGAAAUCCUUGUCAAUCAUGGACUACUACCAGCACGACAUGUACUCGCAUCUGGAGAAGGACAGCAGGAGGAUUUCUCAGUACAACUUGUUGCAUAAGGAGUCAUCCCUGGAUGGCAAAACAGGAGACAGGCUCAGCAAAGAGAUUCCCAUGGAGAAGACACCCGUCAGCGCAAACCCGCCUCUCGACUUCUCCCUGGAGUCCCUGAACAAGCUGAAUCACAGCAGCUCCAGCAGCACCAGCCUCGGCAGCCGCAGAGGUGACUGCAACGCCGACGCGGGGAAAAGCGGGGAGGACUGCUGCAAGGUGGACGAACCCUCCUCCUCCAGCUUCUCAAGCAAGCCCGGGGCGGAUCCUGCGGGCUCCCUCAGCGACUCACUGUACGACAGCUUCUCCUCCUGCACCAGUCAGGGCUCCAACGAGGUGUAGGGAGCAACGAGUAAGAAGGCAGGGCUGUAGAGUCUCCUCUGACAUCUUGGACAUGUCAAGUUUAUGUCCACUUUUUCUCUCCUUGUCAAAUUUUUAAGCAUGAAUUUUGCAAGUAAAAAAAUACUUCCAUCACCAGAGAAAAAAAAAUGUUGGCAUUGUACGUUUUUGCAAACCAUGGAUAUGAUACAUUUGCACAGUGUUAUGUAGUGGAUAUGUUUCAGCAACACUGAUUAUCAUGUGGUUAGGUUUAGACAUAAAAACCACUUGGUUGUGGUUAAAAAAAAGAUCAUAUUUUGGCUUAAAAUACUUGGUUUGGGAGUCACAAUCACAGCAGGACAAGCAGCAAUGUCUCAGUAAAAAACAACCACUAUUUUUGGUACAAUCCCUGCCUAGUUUGGUGCCUAAAAAGCAGCUGGAAAAAAACAGACUGGUUGCUACAAAAUGCCUGCAUUAGGUGCCUAAAAUGCAGCUAGAAAAACACUGACUGGUUGCAACAAAAUAUCUGCAUUUGGUGCCUAAAAAGCCACUGGAAAAACACUGACUGGUUGCAACUGAACACCUGCGUUUGGUCCCUAAAAAGCCACUAGAAACACACCGACAGGUUGCUACAAAACACCCAGAGCUGGAGCCUAAAGCUGCUGGAAACACAACAGUGACUCGUUAAAUCCCAUCAGUUUUGUUGUUUGCUGGUCUUGAUUAGUGGUCUGCAUCUUGCCUAGGUGACCAGUCACCAACCCCUCCAUCUCCAGAUGACAAAUUCAGCACAUAUUACGUCACAUUAGAAACAUUGAUAAAAUAUCUCUAAAACGUUCAAAUAUAACAUAUUCAUGGUUUGCGGAAAAAUACAAGUUGGGGCGAGCUGGUGUGUUCUGGUGUUGGUCCCAAGCCUCUUUGGAUCUGGUUUUGAUCAUGCUUUUCUUUCCCCUAAGUUUGGCAAUGACGUGGUCUUGACUUUAGGUCUGCCACAACAUACGGAGCCCUGCCGUCUCUACAUACGACACAAAGCACUUAGUGGAGCUGGAGACACGAGGACAAGACCUCAACCCAAACACCAAACCAAGACUUUUAAUAGUUUGACUCUGGGUGCGGUGGACUGGACAGCAAUACCCAACGUUGUCUCUCAAAUGUUUUUCUCCCCAUGCUGGGGAUCUUCUUAUCAUUGCACUGUAACAAAUACUGUACAAAGUUUGUAAGGAGUGUAAAGUGAAUGAUUAUUCAAGCAGCGAUAAGCAGGGCGUCUUUUUGGGGCAACACUGGUUGGCGUACAACAAAAUCGUUUGCAUUCCUGUUUGCUAGGAAAGUAGAUUUAAACCUAAGGUGUCAUUUUAUGUUUUGCUGCUAAGUACGUUGCCCGUUGAAGUUGCCCAAAUAUUGUGGAAUCACAACCUGUAAUAAUCAACCUGCUUUAUCUUCUCCUUUGAAGCAAUACUUUUAAAACUAAUAGGAUUUAGCUUUUAUUUCAUUUCUGUUCAUUUAAAUUGUGUUGUUUUGAGCAGUUAUGCUGCCAAUAACGCCAAGACAACAGAAAUUUGUGCAAAAAUGAUCACCAUUCAGCUAACAAUGCUUUUUUUUAGCAGCAGUGAUGUCAACUAUUGUGUUUCCAUGUGGUACAUUAAGCAAUACGAAUAUUUUUCAGUGUCUGACCGGUACACAUUUACAACAAACGAUCAGCUUUUUUGGCUUGAACGCACCCAGUGUCAUUGUUGGUAGCUCAGGGAACAUACUGGACUAAUGUAGAUUGUAAAAUGUUGACAAAUACAAACAGCAAUCUUAUGCUUUUUUUUGUUGUUGUUUUUCAGUUCCUGAUGCAAACUCCAGAAUCCAAACAGCUUAGUUUAUCUCAUGUAGCGUAGUGUAUACCUGAACUCUCCAAACCUCAGCUUUCCUUUCAUAGUUGUAUAUUAUGUUGUAUAUAAAAAUAAGUUAAUAUCAGAAUGGGCAUUGCUGAUUGAUAUAUGCAAAUAAGUAAAAAAAAAAGAUGUAAAUUGUUUGCCAAUCAUUCAACCAAGGUUUUAAGUUUUGAAAAUCUUUUUUUCUUAUGGAAUUCUUUUGGGGUUCUUCUUUAAAGCGAAAUCUUUAUUUUGAUCGAUAAGACUAAAAUAUUUUAUCACUUUAUUUUAAAGACAUAUUUGAGCUUUUAGGUGAGCCAAAUUUCUCUCUGGAAUUUGACCAGCUGGUGCUAAUCAACAGAGCCGACUGUGUGUUUCAAUUUUUCUAUGAAACUGUUAAUAUUGUAUGAAGAGAGUCUGAAGUGUGUAUUUUUCUAGGUGUCCAGUAUUUAUACCCACAUUUUGUACUGUCAGACUGUAGUGUGAUUGUCAUGCUUCACCUCUCUCCUUAAAUGUUCCUUUGUAAAGAGAAAUGGUUACCAGCAGUGUUACUUUGGUAAUUAUUAUUAAUGUUAUUGUUAUUAUUAUUAUUAUUACUGUGUGCAAUUUUGUCUGUUACACCAGACUUUAAUGCUAUAUUUUAUGUAACUAUUUCCUAAAUAAAUAUGAGAAACUA